AUGACCGGAACAACAAGAUGGCGGCGAAUGAAGAUUUUCGGGAGUUGGUCCUGUAACGCAGACUUCAGCCCGUUGACUGGGGAGACAGCCGUGAGGCACAACACCGAAACCAGCAUGAAUCUCCAGCAGCCAGAACCUCUCAUCCCCCCCGUCCACCCCGAUGUGCAGAUGAAGCCGCUGCCCUUCUACGACGUGCUGGACGUCCUAAUCAAGCCUUCAAGUCUUGGAGCGAGUCCUGCUCAGAGGUACCACCAAGAAAAGUAUUUCAUCUUUGCCUUGACGCCUCAGCAAGUUCGUGAAGUGUGCAUAUCCAGGGACUUUCUACCAGGUGGAAGACGGGACUAUAUGGUUCAGAUUCAACUGAGGUUUUGCUUGUCAGAGACAAGUUGCCCUCAAGAGGAUAACUACCCAAACAGUCUUUGCAUAAAGGUUAAUGGGAAACUUUUCCCUUUGCCAGGUUACGCGCCACCACCGAAAAACGGCGUGGAACAGAAGAGACCGGGAAGACCUCUAAACAUUACCUCCCUUGUCCGCCUCUCCUCUGCGGUUCCCAAUCAGAUUUCAGUGACAUGGGCGCCUGAAAUUGGCAAAACCUAUUCCAUGUCUGUGUACCUGGUGAGGCAGCUGACGUCUCCACUGCUCCUGCAGAGGCUGAGGAUGAAGGGCAUCAGAAACCCGGACCACUCCAGAGCACUAAUCAAAGAGAAGCUGACGGCAGAUCCAGACAGCGAGGUGGCUACGACGAGCCUCCGAGUCUCACUCAUGUGCCCGCUGGGUAAGAUGCGGCUGACGGCGCCGUGCCGGGCGGUGACCUGCUCUCACCUGCAGUGUUUCGACGCCGCCCUCUACCUGCAGAUGAACGAGAAGAAACCCACUUGGAUCUGCCCCGUGUGCGACAAGAAGGCCGCGUACGAGAGUCUCAUCAUCGAUGGUUUGUUCUUGGAGAUCCUGAACGACUGCUCCGAUGUGGAUGAAAUCAAGUUCCAGGAGGACGGAACCUGGUGUCCCAUGAGACCAAAGAAAGAGGCCGUCAAAGUCUCCUCUCAGUCGGUUCCAAAAAUUGAGACCUCGGCUCCUUUACGCCAGUCGUCAGCGAUGUCCCAUUCUACUGAGCCCAGCACCGCCAAGAAGGCCGAUGUGAUCGAUCUGACCCUGGAAAGCUCCUCGUCCUCCUCUGACGAAGAGGACUCGGACCCUCCGCUGAAGAAACGCUGCGUUUACAUUUGCAAGAACGAGGAGAUGCACGCGAAGGGAGUGCUGACCUACCAGCCCACCGUGCGCGUGCCGAACGUCCAGGCCCUGGACCCGUCGUAUCUGACCUCCACGCUCGCCGACUAUGCAGUCCCCUUCCACCCGUCCACCCUGGCCAGCAUCCCAACAGACAUGCAGAGUCUGGAUUUGUUUUCCUUAAUUCAAUCAGAUCCUCAGCAUUACCGGCCACAGAUGUUCCUGGACAACCUGACGAGCAGCAUGCAAAGUGCGGCUGCGGCCAGCACCAGCUCGGCCCUGGUGUCCUCCUCGAGCAGCCACUACGACACCAGCAGCCACGCUGCCGGCUCCAUCCACGAGACCCGGGUCAUCACAGGGGGAGGGGGGGCGGACAGCGGCAUAUCGGAUAUCAUUUCACUAGACUGAGCCACGUCUCACUGGACCUCUCCGGGCCUGUUUUCUGUGGCCUUUUUGUAGUGCGGACUACGUGUACAUGCCAUGUUGAUUUUAUUUAGUUUUUUACCUAGAAGCACUCAAAUUGGUAUACAUGAGCACUUUGAUGACCUGAACAUGUUCACCAUGUUAAAAACUGUAUCCGGGUAUGUUUCGUUUGAAGUUCUCUUAACUUCAACAUUUGGGAAAUAUUCUUGUGUGCUGUCAUGCGUACAGUACUUUAACCACAUAAGAUCAAACCAAUGAUCUGCCUUCCUUUGGUCCAAUAUUCACUGGUGAUUUCACCUUGGUUUAGAACAAUAUUCACUGAUGUUUUAGCUUUUGUUUAGUCCAAUAUUCACUGUUGAUUAAGCCUUGGUUUGGUCCAGUAAAACCAGGUAUUUUAGAUGUGAAGUAGCUAAAUAUUUCCUGGUAUUUUUCACAUUACUCAUUUGUUUAAGGGUCCAGGUUUCCAGAAAUUUUCCCUGGGGAAUCAUUAGUUUCUUUGUAUUUCAUCAUCAUUAUGAUCUGAACAGCUCGUCUCUUGGCCAUCUAUAUCUAUAUUUUAAUAACCCUUCCUCCUUCACUGGC